AUGGCUGAGGAAACAGAACUUCAAGUAUUUGCAACAUCUUUGCAUCAUUUGCCCGAAGAUGAGCUCAAGGAAGAGCUCCUCAAGCUCAUUACUCUCAAACAUUCAUCAACAUUAUUGGAGAAAUCGGGACGGAAACAAGGCCUUGUGAAUCUGAUCCAAAGCCGAGCUUGUGAAAGUGAAGAUUUAGCAGUCCGAACCUUCUCGCUCUUCUCUCUUCUUUUACUGAGGAGUCCUGAUUUCUUCAGCGAGCACUUUGCCCGAAUCUUCAAGGCGACAUCUGAGGUCUUGCUUUAUUACGAAGACUCUCAACGGGUUCAAGUCGCGGGACUGACUUUUCUUCGCGAUCUUGCUGAAACAAGCCAGCUUGUUACGAAUCUCCUCUUGCAAGAAGAAUACGCUGAAAAGCUGCUUGAUAAUCUUGACGAUCUUGCCAUCAACGAUACAGAUGCAGCAGUCAACAUUCUCAUUCCAACUGUUGGAAUUUUCCAGCAAAUCGCGAAGAAAUCAACUCUCUCGAAGAGAAUGGCAGUUCGUUUUGUCGCAAAUCUUAGCUUGAUGUUGUCGCGAUACGACGAUGACUUGUUGGUACAUGAAACUUGCGAGGCACUAAUGAUUCUGCUCAAUACAGCUCCUCACGCUGUACUUGAGCAUUGCGAACGUCUCCACAAAAACAUACUGGCACAUCUUUUCCACCAGCUUGGCAAGGAAUCGCUGAGCGACAGUCUCACAACACUCAGCUUUCGUUUUCUCACGAAGCUUGCCUUUGUUAGUCCAGACAUGAAGACAUCUAUUGGCUCUAGUGAUAUAAUUGCCGUUUUGGACGGUAAAAUACGGACGAUGGACGCUUGCGCUGUCGAUUUGCGUGUAAACAUGCUGAAUUUGCUUGCUGAACUAACGGAAAAAUCACAGGAAAAUAUUCUUCUAGUACUCACAACGUCGACCGCCUGGCACGAAUUUGUCUAUGAAACACUCAUGGAUUUUGACGAAAUUGAGCUCCACUAUCUCGCCAUAAAACUCCUCUCAAAUCUGACAACAUGCUCUCAUGAUGCCAUCUCCAGAUCCUUUGUAAUGAUCUGCGCAGUUAGAAAUGAGAUUUGCUACUCGUUGCUCAGCUCUCUACGCCGCUGGUCGAAAAUUUAUCCAUCAGAAGAUCCAGUCAAAGCAGAUCUGGUGCCGAAAAUCAUGCAAAAAGGUCUUGCAGCGUUUUCGAAAGUUCUUUCGCAAGUAGCCAUUCUUGAAGACAUGAGGGAUGAGCUUUUCAAUUAUGAAAAACGAUUUGAAUUUUUCUUCUUUCGAUUGCUUGAGCUACUAAUUAAAGCGACCUGUCCAGAGUAUGAGAAUGAUGUCUGUCCAUUGGCAAUUCUGCAAAGUAUUCGAGGACUUUUAAUGCUCCUAACACGCUCAGGGCAUGAUACCAAACCCUUGCUGAAAUUCCUCAAAUCAAUUUCGCAACCUGAUGCAACAGUUGCGACUGAGACUUUUGCAAGGUCGUCGGCGAGGGAUAUUCAUAGAAUGGUGGGGAAUGGAAGUCUAGCAUACGGCGUUCUCGAGCAUCUCUUCAAGGAGUUUUAUCGUGACGAUUCCAGAGAAGCCUUGCUCUUGGAAACACUUCACGCACUGGAAUUGAUCAUGCAAGGUUUUCCGAUUUUCAUUUGGAGCUCAAAUAUGCCAAAAUUUAUCACGCAGCUUCAAUCAAUUCUCGAAAGUCAAUGGGAAAAGACUGAAGAUAUGGAGAGUGCUUGCUUCAAUCUUUUAAGAAUCUCGCUUCUCAGAGAAAAGGUUUUCCUCCAUGAUCUCAAGUUAGAGGCGAUCAACACUGACAAUGCUGGCAUGAUGUCACUUUGUAUGUACGCACUUGAUCAAGUGAAACGAUCAUCAUGCCCAAAAUGGAAUGAAGCUCAGCGAGCAUUCACAGGGAUGCUGAAAACAAGAUCCCAAAAUACAGAAUUAGCCGAUAUUUGGGUUGAUUCUCAGCAAGAUGGAGUCUUCUUGUCAGAGGACAUGAUUUUGAAACUGGCGUGCCGUAAAGCAUCUUACAAAGUUGUUGAAGUUCUGUUAGCUCGAGAUUGGAGCCAAGGUCUUGUGAAGGAACUCAUAUCCGACCGAAAAGUCGUAGAUGACAUCAAAUCACUCCUCCUCAUUUACCUUUCCGACAAUUCUGGCGUAACAGACAAACUUGACUGGUCUAGCCUUCAGCUCAACGACGUCACACAACAAUAUCUUGCUCUGUUUGCAAGAAGCCAAGGCUCCUCUGAAAAGAAGCAGCCUGAAAUCAAGCUUAACUUUGUCAAUUUCUUGGACAAAUAUUUUGGUAAGAAAGUGCAAAAAUUCUUCCUCAGCGAAAUCGAUGGACUUGAUCCAUGGGCAGACGAAGAUCAGAAAAGCAACAAAUCUGGAACAAAGCCUCAUGUUACGUUCAAAUUACCGCCGAAGCGACCAGCCGAAGUCAAUCUUUCCAAUAAUAGAAUUGACACCCUGGAUGUGCCUGAGGAACAGAGUGAAAAUUAUAAACAGCUUCUUGAAAAUGCCAAGCGUCUCGUUGUCUCCAACAACCGUCUCCGCGCUAUUCCAUCAGAUUUCAUUGUGCUAGGGACGACUCUCAAUGAACUCAACCUUGAUCGAAAUUUCUUCUCGUCCAUUGAGUUAACCUUUCUGAACCAGCUGCCUAACUUGAAAUCAUUAUCAAUCAAGUCAACUCAGAUUCCAAUGACCGUUGACCAUCUUACCAUUUCCUGCGACUCUCUCGACUCUCACAAUCUUGAGCAUCUUGAUUUAUCAGAAAAUCCUUUACAAGGUUUUCCAACUGAACUUAUUCGGAAACUGCCAGGAAUACGCGUACUCGAGCUGAGAAAAUGUGGAAUCAAAGAAAUACCAGAAGUCCGCCUUGGGCAAUCAUUUGGGCUCAAAGAUCUACGAACUUUAAAUCUCGAUCACAACUCCAUUGAAUACUUCGGCUACACCCAUUAUCAGAUGUUUCCAAGUGUUCAGAUACUGAAGCUUUCAGAAAACAGAUUGAAAUACCUCUCUCUAUCAGACGAAGACGAAGAACGAUAUCAAGAUUCGCUCACUCUUGAAGGUCUCGAUGAAGACGCAUUCGAACCCAUGAGCGAAUCAAGAGUUAUGGAAACCAGCAGAAUGUCCGACUUUCCCGAUCCGGAAAUAACACAAUUGCAUUUAGCAAAGAACAAUUUCGAAGAACUUCCAUUGGCUGCUUUUCAAUUACCGAAAUUAUCAUUCUUAGAUCUUUCUGGCAAUCAAAUUUUAAAGAUCGAUUUCAACGACCAUGACAAGCGUGUUUCACUUUGGUCAGAACUACGAACGUUAAAUUUGGCAAACAACGAGAUUCGAGAAAUUCCAAAGGAUCUUGGAGAGCUUGAAGAACUAAUGCAGUUUAAUUUGUCACAUAAUUUCGCCACAAAGCUACCAAAUGAGCUUGGAAAGCUGAAGAAUCUCUUUACAUUUAAAGUUGAUGGAAUGCGUCUCGAAAUACCAAAAGCUCUGGUCCCUAUCGAUGGCAGAAAUCCAAAGCCAAUGCUAGAGUUUCUAAAUCAUCGACUUAUCAAGCAAGUUGAGUACCGAUGUAUGAGAGUCUUUGUUGUCGGCGGACCUGGUUCUGGAAAGUCUUCUUUGAUUGAUCUCUUCAGCAUGAAUGGAACUUGUAGGAUCGCAGAAGGGCUGGAAGUAUGUCAGACAACCCUUGAUAUUGGAGGAGGCAAUCAAUGUGCAGUUCACUUUUGGAAACUAGAUCAUUACAACAACACGAGUCCUUAUUUCUUCCAGGAAAGAGCCUGUUACGUCCUUGUUGUCAAUCUCGAACGAAGAAUCGACUUGGAAAUAAACCAUUUGAAAAACUGGGUAGCAAAUAUCAAAGCAAGAGCGCCAAAGUCUCCACUUGUUAUCAUCGGAACACACGCGGACAAACUGCCGAACGACUCUGAAGCGUCGACUAUGUGGGUGGCAAGGAUUGAAAAAGAAAUUAAGAAGCUGAGAUUUAAUAAUUUGAAAGACUUGUGUUUCAUAAAAGCAACUGACAAUAACAAUGAAACGACACUCAGAAAUAUUCUUCAGAAUUGCUUGACAACUUUUCAGCUAGGCGGACGAGUUGUCAUCAAUCAAAAGGUCCCAGAAACUUAUCUGCAGCUAGAACGACAUUUGACUAGACUUGCUGGAAGAUCGAAAACAUCUCAAGACAUCAAAUUACGGGAAAAGAAUACGAGAGCGUAUAACAUGCUUGCUGAUUGCCCGAUGGCUUGGAAUACGCCAGAACAUCACCAGUCAAAUGAAUCGCUCUAUGAAGGGCCCGCUCUACCUGUUUUGUCAACGAAUGAAAUUCUGAAAAGUGCACAAGCCGCUGGAAUCAAACUUGAUAUUGAGCAACUUAGAACUGCGCUAGAAUUUCUUGUAUCUUCGGGAAGUAUCUUAUAUUUUGCCGAUGCUCAAAGCAUGAGCGGCAAACAUCAAGAUUCACUACAGGACUUAUAUUUUAUUGAGCCAGCGUGGAGAGUUUUGGACGAGAACUCCGGAUACUGCACUAAACGAUCGCUAAUUGACUUUCUUCUCGUCCCUCAGAAUAUACCCGAAGACUUUUAUGGUAAAAUAAUUCGAAUGAUGGAACUUAUCGGAGUGAUAAUCAACAGCAAAACUGAUGAAUAUCUGGUACCCAGCUCGUUGCCAAGGGGAAAAUGGAAGACACCAACUGAUAUGUUAGAAGAUAUGACUACUCGCUUAUAUGCAUUCACGACGAUGCCAGUUGAUUUUUGGUCUCGAGUCAUUUCUCGAUUCCUGCACCUCUACCGCUCGGAAACAUCCUGGAACUCAAAAUUUUGGACCGAUAUCGACCUUGAUGUUCGCAAAGAUGCUCUCAAAAUAAAUUGCAAUAAUGGAACUAAAAUUAUCAUCCAGCUUCGAGAUGCCGAGUUCAUGAGCUCUUUUUUUGACAAUUCACACAAAGGAAACUUCUCGUGGUGUGGCGGAACAUGUCAAGAUCAUAAGAUCUUCGAAGAGAAUGUCCAGACUUGGCUUCAAAUUUCGGUCUCAAAGUCUGAUAAAGGUCAGUUUUAUAUGGCGGAAUGUGUCGACGUUAUCGACGGGAUCAUUGCUGAAUGGUAUCCUGGCCUCUUGGACAAUUUCGUUCCUCUGUAUUAUGUUUUCUGCGUUUAUGUCAAACAGGAAACAAAGGUUAUUCUGCCCAUGCCUUUCUUGCUCAAGGCUUGCGGGUACUCUCAAGCUCUUGUCAACUGCACCAGCACAGUCAAUUUCCCCGAAAACAACAAAUUCCUGUGCCCAAUUGAUGAAAGAGCGAUGGAUGUUUCUGAACUUCUUCCGGAAGUUUUUCUCGAAGACUUUACCAUUGUCAAUCCGGAGCUAAGAACCAAACCAGAAGAUUUCACAAGGAAAGAAGUACUCGGCGUUGGAGGAUUCGCGACAGUCUACAAAGGAGAAUUGUCGAGAGGACCAGUGAGAUUGGACGUUGCUCUGAAAGUUUUUGCAACUGGAGGAAGUGAAAUGACUGCGUAUCCUUACCAAAACUUACGAAAAGAACUCAAAGUUUUGACAUCACUUGUGGAACCAAGAUGCAAUCAAAUUUUGUCUAUUCUUGGCUUUUCAGUGAAACCAGAACCAACAUUAAUUAUCGAGCUUGCUCCCCAUGGAAGUCUUGAGACCCUAAUCGAGUCAAAGCAAUCCAGAAGAGCGAUAUCAACCGACGUCUUGACUCAUCGGUUCAAACACAAGGUAGCUCUAGAAGUUGCACAGGCAUUGUCUUACUUGCAUGAAAAUGGAAUCGUUUACCGAGAUCUCAAACUUGGAAAUGUUCUUGUCUUUUCAUUUGAUCACAUGAGCAAAAGCUGCGCAAAGCUUGCUGAUUAUGGUAUCGCAGAGCAUUUGACACCACUAGGAACGACUGGUUUCUCCGGAACUGCGGGAUACUCUGCACCCGAAGUCGUGAAGAUCAGAUUAAAUAAAACCGUCUCAAGGUCUUCAGCGUAUGCUCACAAAGUUGAUGUUUUCAGUUUCGGUUUGUUACUCCACGAGCUUAUUACUGAGACUUUCCCCUGGUUUGAGCACAAUCAAAAGACUAGGACGAAUUCAGAGCCGGAUAAACUAGUUUAUCUUGGAUUGAGACCUGAAGCAUUCUGCGAGAGCUGUCUGCCUGCAUGGCCAAUUAUGGAGACAAUUAUUGAUCACUGUACAAAAUUCCGACCUUCAGAACGACCAAAUAUGAAAACACUUGUCACUCUUCUUGAAAAACAGAUUUCUUGGGCUUUCAGACUUUCGCUAAAACUUGAAAAAUCGAAAGAUAAUGCUCCAUUGAAAGAUCUGACUUGUUUCAGCAUCUCAAAUAAGUCUUCUGCUAAAUCGAAAUCAACAGAAAGGAGACGGCGACCGAGAUAUUCAAGCUGUGACAACUUUUUGGACUCAGUUUCUUCUGAUGAAGGAAGAGUGACAUCCCAUUACAGUACCUCUGAGGACAAUAUCGUUAAGAUUCUUCAUAUUCCCUACACGCGUAAAACGUCUGUUGGGCUCACAAAACGAGCUAAAUUCCCUCAAAAGCCAAGUGAAACUGCAGUCAAGGAAAGAAUGUACGUUGGAUUGGAUGACGGAAAAAUUAUGUUCACUAAUGUCGAUUCAAUUAUCAGCUCGAUUUCCUCUUCUGAUUCGAAUACAAAGAAGUGGCGGGAGACAAUGAAAUGGAGCCCAGUGAGGAUUGACUGGGACACUCAAAGUGGACCGAUCGACCAACUCGCUGUCGAAAAUAUUCAAAACAAGCACACCCAGGUUUUUGCUCUUCGCGGUGGAACUGUUGCAAUGACCCUCGAUGAUCUGACAGUAAUGAUGAAUAAGGAUCACCAUGCACUUUUCUUUGCUCUCGGUCAUGCGGUUUACAUCGUCUCCAAAAAUAAAAAGGGGAUUUAUGUUCACGACAGAACAACUGGCAAUUUCGUUCGGAAAAUGGACAACACUGUAAUUGACAGAGUUGGUAGAAGCUCAACAAGGCGCUUCACGUCUGGCUCGAGUAUAGAAAUAACGAGCGUCCUCUGUGUCCCGGAAACAAAUUGUUUAUGGAUCGGAACAUCUGAUGGAGAAAUCAAAAUCAUUCCAGACAAGCUUCAUCUUUCCGCUCAAGAAAUCUGCGGAGUGCGAAUCAAGCAGUUCAAUUCUAACCUUGAAACCGCUGUUCUGGCAGUUGGUCAGGGUAAAAUUCCGGCGAUGGAUCAGCUUUACGACGCGAGUUUCAGUGGAAACUCAGCAGAUAAAAGCCAGUAUGCAAUUCUUUUGGAUGCCGAAAUUUCUCCAUAA